AUGAACAGGUCCCGAAACAAUAUGACUGCUAAGGAGCUAAAGCGUCUUUCGCUUCAAUCUGUUCAGUCGAGGAGUUUUGGAAAGGGCGAGUCUCCGCUUGCAAAUCAGGUUGUCCAAGCCAAAGGGUUCAAGGUCUUCUACCCGGGCACAUACGAGUAUUCGUUUGAGCUACCAAUAGAUCAUCACCAAUUGGAGACAACAAAACUGCAAUAUGGAUCUGUGAAGUGGGAGCUCGAGACCACAGUCGAGCGCGCUGGAGCCUUCAAGCCUAAUCUGCAUGGCUCAAAGGAAGUUUCGAUCGUUCGUGUGCCCGAUCAGCUUUCCCUGGAGAUGACAGAGCCCAUCUCAAUUUCGCGACAGUGGGAGGAUCAGCUCCAUUAUGAUAUUAUGAUUUCGGGCAAAUCAUUUCCGAUCGGCACCAAAAUCCCCAUCGCAUUCAAGCUUACGCCCCUGGCAAAGGUGCAAGUACACAAACUCAAAGUUUUCGUCACUGAGUCGAUAGAAUAUUGGACAAAUGACCGAAGAGUCACCAGAAAAGAUCCUGGGCGCAAGAUCUUACUAUUGGAGAAAUCAGCGGGCAAGCCGUUAGACAAGCAGUACGAAACGAGUGAUCUUCGAGUCUUGAGUGGAGGUGAGCUUUCGCCAGACGAACGGGACGAGGCUAGACAAGCCGCUCAACGGCGACGAACAAUGGAGGCAGAGAGGUCGCACGGUGUUCCUCAGCCCCUCCCUGAUCCUUCAGAGAACCUGCUGGGCGACCUGGAUUUAGGGCUAGAGACAUACUGGGGCUCCACUGAGAUUGAGAUGAAUGUUCAGAUACCGACCUGUGAAAUGAUGGCAAAGGACAAGACGCUGCGGCUGAAUCCUGAUUGUAGCUGGAAGAACGUUAAUGUUUACCACUGGAUCAAGGUAUGUGGCGGCAGGUUGCUUCCUCCCGUUUCAAUGUGCUGA